GUCAGAGUUCUACAACAACGAUGCCCUGGACUACAUCGUGAGUUGGCUUCAAUGCGCGAACGAGACUGGAGCAGGCACAGUGGAGUACGUCGGCAACCGCCCCCGGCCAUCAAUCUUGGAUCUGCUUGGAAAUAGUCAUUCGGCUUCACUACCCCCGUGGCGCUGGGUGGUUGCGCUGCGAGAGGCUUUAGACGAGGCAGGGUUCAACCAGACCCGGCUGGUUCUGCCGGAUUCUACAUACGAGCCUGAAUUCGCCUCUGCUCUGGCAGAUGGCGCAACGGGCUUGCACUACCCGUGCUUCCUGCCAUUACCGUCGUUGCGACAGCAGACGUCCAUGUCCCUCUGGAGUUCGGAGGAUGUUGGCCUGACGGCGGACUGGCGCGGCGCUUCCUGCCUCGGACGUAGUCUUAACACGAGCCUGGGCAGAGCAGGCAACGAGCACUUUGGUCCGCUCCAUGGCCUGGGCGGUCCACCCCUCCGUGCCGGGCAUCCGCGACGGUCUUAUCGAAGCAACGGAUCCGUGGUCAGGAAGGUACUCCAUCAAAGAUGGACUCUGGACGCUCGCUCACACCACGCGCUUCACAGAGCUGUUCUCCACAUGUACACGCCGGCCGGCUCAAGCUUGCAGGGAGCAGCCAGGACUUUGACGAUCAAAGCGCCUGCCAUGAUGGCAACCGUAACAGAGGGCAUUGGUGUCUUACUGGCCAAUAUGAAAAUCCGAAGGCAAGUGCUUCUUGACGCGGACGAGGUAGAGUCGCUCGCCGAAACGGCAAGGUACUUGGAGGCAAGGGAGACAGGUAACCCGGAAGAUGCCACCCAUCUGGUGCUAAAGAAUUUUGGCGACUGGUGGUGCGGCCAAAAUAGUACCAAAAGGCUCGCUGUCGGGUCGCUAGAGGUUCUCUAUGAUCACAUCGCCAAGAUGUACAAGAUAGGAGUUCCGCUUACUCUUGGAGAAAGGUUGACAGAGCAAUUCAGUUUCUUCCAAGACAUUGAGAUCCGAGGCAGCAAGGACGGUAAGAUCGACUACCAGGACAUUGUUGGUGCCGAUAGUGCUUUUCUCCUCUUCCUGGGACGCAUCAUGGCGGACCUCUUCCCGAAGGAGCAGCUGCAGGUUAUCGUGCUGGAUGCUUCGGGUCGAAGCAAGCAGCUGGGCGUGGAGCAGACAGCAGUGCGCCUGGUGUGGCAAGUCGUGAGUGGCAGGAGCGCCAGAGCAAUCGUUGUCGAUUCACAGAAGGCGAAUCACAUAGUGGACCAUAUGAUCAACAAGGCCAGUGGGUCGAGAGACCAGAACAUCGGAGAACUACUCCAACGAGCUCAUGCAUUUUCCCCUUUCAACACAUGGAAAAGCAUCUUUGUCAGCGACAUCAACUAUGGUAAUGGGAUCCACCGGGAUAGACAACGGCCUAUCAUUCGGAUGACUCUGAACGAUGGGGUUGACGACUGUCCGAUGCGUGGGCCACAGCAACGGCCUCUCAAGCCUGUCUUCAUUCACAGGUUUUCCAGGGAAAUUAACAUGCGGGAUUGGAAGGUGGAGCAACAGUGGCCUUCGGAUAAAGGGGCCGAUCCGGAGCUGAGCUUGGAAGACUAUGCGAAACUUGUGAAGAUCACCUCCAUUCGUCAGGCAAGCGGCACGCCAUUGACAGAUUGGGUGGCACCAUCUUGCAAGGGUAGUGAACCCACGAAGAAGAUCAAGACCCGAACAACGGCUGGCAGCCUUGACUAUGGCCGCCCUCCAUGUCGGCUUGUGCCGACACUCGUGAAACGGACCCUUGCGUUUCCCGGAGACAUGGAGGAGUUCAGGUCCAAGAUUGUCAGGGAGCUUGGGCAGAGCGGGAAUACGGACGUGGAUUACGAGAAGGGGACUGUUAAAUGGGAAGGGAAGGAUUGCCAGCUCGUGUUCCAGCUUGCAAGUCACAUGGUGCACAUCACCGGUGUGGAGAGCCUCUGCCGCCAAUAUGUCUCGGUUCUCCAACGAGGCCAAGGCCAAGGCCAAUGGGAUUCUGCUCCACACGUGCAGGGACAGGCAUGGGCCCAGGCCUUGCCUGUGCCGCAACAUCUUCUCGGCUCAAUAAGCCGAUGA